CAUAAACCCGAUUAUUACGAGAAUCUAAAUUAACCUUCCAAAAAAUCAAGGGAUCCUUAAUCUAAUCGAAUUAUGAAGUUGCUACGUAUGUGACUUGAAGUUCUGUUGAGAGUCUUGUCUUGAGACCAUGAGGUUUAAGAGCCACUCUGUCGCCGCCGCUGCUGCAACUUUCAACUCUCGUUGUUUCCGUGACCACAACACAAACAGAAUGAAUCGUCGCGCAAAGCUUUCCCUCUUGAACGCGUUCUUCAGAACCCGACGCCCUUUUCACCAAUCCCCAAUUGCUGCUCCAUUCACUCCACCGACCCACGUCGCGUCCACCUCAAAGUUCCACUCUUUUUCCAAUACCCCUCACACCCACUUCGCGAUUCGGCAUAAUCCGAGAAGUUUCAGUGGUGGGUCCGGUGUGUUGGACCACACCAAGGAGGUGGACACCAUCAACCUCAAGUUUGCAGAGGCGAGGGAAGAGAUAGAGAUGGCGUUGGAGUCCAAAGACACCGUUUAUUUCGACGAGGAAGCCGAGUGUGCACGGGCCGCUGUCAACGAGGUUUUGAGCAUGUUCGAGGGGCUGUUGGCUAAGUUGCCAGAGAGGGAAAGAGGAGUUUUGCAGAGGUCUAUGGGUCUCAAAAUUGAACAAUUGAAGGCUGAACUUGCACAAUUGAAUGAGUAAGAGGUUGAUUGUGUGGCUAGAAUUGUUUUAGGGUGUUUUAUUGGCUGUAGUUUUGAAUAAAUGCACUAGAAGCCUAGCCAAGCCAACUCUUCAUGACCUAUAUGUGAGGACUGACUAGUGAGUUGUGACUACUAUGGUUCUUUUCAUUUAAAGGGUUAUUCUUUUGGCAUUCUUGUUAUAGGGUUUGCACUUGUUGUAUUGGUUUAAUAAUAAGACCUUCAUUUAAAGGGAUGAUGUUGUUAUACCAACUCUUAGAUUUGCUGUUAGUGUGAGGAAACUAGUUGAUUGAGGUGCUUAUUAGAUAGUAUUAGGAAACUGAAAGUAACAAUCAAUAAACUUAUUUUUAGUUAUGAUAACUCAAAUUGUUGUUCACAUUUC